UCAGGUGAGGUUAUGUAAAGGAACGACAGUCUUAAUAAAUAUUAUAUAUAUCUAUCUAUCGAUUUAACUCAUUUAUUAGUAGUCUUUUGUAUAUCAAUGCGUGUUUUGUUUUACAGCGGGAUUUUUUUCUUGUAUUUGUGUGGUUGUAUCUUAUAUACAUUAAACGCUAAAUUGUUCGAUCAAGCAAAACAAAACUAGGAAAAAGAAAACAGAUUCCUCGACUCUCUUUAUUCGGUGGAAUAAAAUUUCCUCCAAAUUAAUUAAUAUUACUUUGCAUUUAGUAAAACCUAUGGAAUGUUUUUGGAUUUUAUUCAGUUUUGUGUAUUUAGCAACUUCCUUCAAUGUGAAACAAGUAAAACUUGGGGAUCCAGUAACACUCCUGUGUAAAGGACAACAGAAAAAAGACUAUCCAGGAAGGGUAGAAUGGAGCACAUCAGACCAAAUGGUGGCUCAGUAUUCUGCUGGGACUUUUAAGCCUGGCCGAGGUUUUGAAGACCGCGUGCAUCUCCCUGACAAUGGGACGCUUAAGAAGGGGAAUUUUUCACUCACUAUCUCUCCCACAGUUUAUAGUGACUAUGACACCUAUGAGUGUUGGUAUGAAAAUGAACACUUGAACAGCUGGACUCUAAAAAUUAUGACCAGCUUGCCAGCAACAUAUGUGAUGCUGGGGGAUGCAGCAACACUCCCUUGCUACGCACGUAUAAACAGAAACACACCUGAGAGUGACAUUACUCUGCAGUGGACUAAAGGAGAUGAGAUAGUGCUGAGCAUUAAAAAUGGAAUUCUAAGGAAGUUCAAGAAUUUCCAACAAAGAGUUACUGUUACACCUUCCGAGAUCCGAAAGGGCAACAUCUCUCUACAUUUCAGUGAAACGUAUCUCUCUGAUAAUGGCACAUAUACAUGCCAAAUGGACAACAAUGUCAAGCACGUGACACUUCAACUUACAGCUUGUCACAGGACAAUACCAGUUGCUCUUGGACAAGCACUCUUAAUUCCACUACAUACUGAUGAGAACGUAAAUGUUCUCUUCCAAAGACCACAGAUUUCACAAACCUACAUUGUUAUAUGUGAGACAUCCUGCAACACCAUGGACUGGAGUAAAAGACUUUAUGACAUGGAACUUAAAAUAGUUAGAAAAGAACAUAUUGGUACAUAUAAUAUAAUGCACAGAAGCAAACAUCAGACCAUCUGUACCUAUGUCAUCGUUUCACCUGAGAAUAUUAAGAAUAACAAUGAACUUACAUGUAACACAAAUCGUGUCUUCAUUGCAUUGAUUGUAUGUUCUUGUAUUUAUUUUUGUGUCAGAAUCUGAACAUUACAUUGAUAUUAUUACACUGACAUUUAUCAAACAACAUUAAAUUGGACCCAUUG